AUGGCUAUUCAAAACAAUGAUGGUAUGGUGUUUUUGGACACGGCUCUGCUAUACAUCGUUGACGGAUACGGAAAGAGACAUGAAGCAAGAGCACUUCUCGACUCGGGUUCUAUGUCGAACUUUGUCUCUAACACGCUUGCUCGGAAGCUUCUCGGGACGACUCGCAACAAGGUCAACGUGUCCGUCGCAGGUAUCGGAAAUGCGUCACAGCUGAUGAAAGGUUCGAUCGUUGCAACCGUCGAAUCGAGGAUCAACACUCAUGCAUCUCAGCUGGAGUUGCUCAUCUUGGACUCUCCCUUUAUGCACAUACCAACGGCUCCAAUUGAUGCAUCAUCAUGGGAAAUGCCGAGCUUGCCGCUUGCUGACCCUUGGUUCUAUGUGCCUGGCAAGAUCGACAUCAUCAUCGGUGGAGAUACAUACUGGGAGCUUCAUUCCGGUAAAAAACGUUCCCUCGGCGAAGGGAAACCAUGGCUUGUGGAGACUGCUUUCGGCUGGGUUGUCGCAGGAAAUGCAUCGUUAGGUGGUUCUCAUGGUUCGCAGCUAUGCCACCUAUCUACCGACGUCACGCCUUCACUGGAAUCGAUAAUGGAACGCUUUUGGGAGAUCGAAACAUUCACUGAGGAUCCUAUACUAUCGGCGGAAGAGGAUGCCUGCGAGAAGCAUUUUGUAACAACCACAACCAGAGAUGCAUCUGGAUCGUCAAAGUCAAUUGCUGAUCGUCGACUCUUAGCCGUUGAGCGACGUUUAAAGGCUGAUCCUAAACUGAAAGAGGAAUACGUAAAAUUCAUGACAGAGUAUGAGCGUCUGGGUCAUAUGAAACGGCUUACCGAACCGGUCGACGAUUUAUGCGAGCACUACUACCUACCACAUCAUGCGGUGAUCAAAGAGACGAGCACAACUACUAAGCAGACGAUGUAUCGCGUGGUCUUCUUCCGGACAAACUACAAUCAUGUCAUCGGUGGUGGCAUGGGCCACGUUGGCUUAGUGGCAUGGAAGACGACUGGCCACAAAGAGAACCUGUAA